GCGGGGGGCGGCCCGGCCGGGCCCUGGCAGUCACCGGGCCACCCCAGCGCUGCUCUCUCUUCCCCGGCGGACGCGGGAUCCUUGACCCGCUCGGUUGUUUUCUCGGGUUGCUGCGAGCCGUAGGCCUGUGCAGCUGAGUCGGUAGUGUGUUGGGUUGAAAUGAUAUUCCCCUUCCAUGUCUCAGCGGAGGCGGCAGACCUCAGGUGCCCCGAGCUGCGGGGCCACGUUCUCAACCGUGGGGCUCUCCUCUGGAGAUAGGGGAGGUAGCGGGGGCUGAAGGACAUUGCUGCGCAGAGCGUGGGUUGCAGAGCUCCUGAAAGGGAGACAAGCAAGAUGGGAAAAAUAGCAGGAAAACAGACUUUUUUUUAAAUAACAUGUCACCAGAACUUCUGCAUGGUAACAAAGAUCAUCUAAAGCAGCUGGGUAUCUGCAAAAGAAGACUUCAACAGCACACAGAUACUUAAUCUCUAAAUCAAGUUCAACGAUGCAUUAGAGAAAGCUGGAUUGGCUGUACAGAGAUUUCACACUGAAGGAUGAAUAGUGAAGAAGAGUUUUAUGAUGCCGUUACGGGCUUUGAUUCUGACAAUUCUUCAGGAGACUUUUCAGAAGCAAAUCAUAAAGUUGCAGAAAUGCUUGAUCUAGAUCCACACCAAAGCAAUAGGACUGGAAAGCAUAAUGGAGAGAGAGAGAUUCAAGAAAAUGGAAUUAAGAGACACAGGACAUCAUUACCUGCCCCAAUGUUUUCUAGAAGUGAUUUUAGUGUGUGGAGCAUAUUAAAAAAAUGUAUUGGACUGGAGCUGUCUAAGAUUACGAUGCCUAUUGUCUUCAAUGAGCCGUUGAGUUUCCUUCAACGGAUAACAGAAUAUAUGGAACAUAUAUACCUCAUUAAUAAGGCUUGUAGUCAUGCAGACCCCCUGGAUAGAAUGCAGGCUGUAGCUGCUUUUGCAGUUUCUGCUGUAGCCUCUCAGUGGGAGAGAACUGGCAAACCAUUUAACCCACUGUUAGGAGAAACCUAUGAAUUAACCAGGGAGGAUUUAGGAUUUAGGUUUAUAUCUGAGCAAGUCAGCCACCACCCACCUAUCAGUGCAUUUUAUUCUGAAGGCCUCAAUAAGGACUUUAUUUUUCAUGGAUCAAUCUAUCCUAAACUAAAAUUCUGGGGAAAGAGUAUAGAAGCGGAGCCUCGUGGAACAAUUACUUUGGAGCUUUUGAAACAUAAUGAAGCUUACACAUGGACAAAUCCAACCUGUUGUGUACAUAAUGUAAUUAUUGGUAAACUCUGGUUAGAACAAUACGGAACGGUAGAAAUUGUAAAUCACAGUACUGGAGAUAAAUGUGUCCUUAAUUUUAAACCAUGUGGACUGUUUGGGAAAGAGCUUCACAGAGUAGAAGGAUACAUUCAGGACAAAAACAGAAAGAAGCUGUGCGUGAUCUAUGGCAAGUGGACAGAAUGCUUAUGGUGCACUGAUCCCACUACAUAUGAGACUUACAAAAAGAAUGAAAAGAGAGGUGGUGAGCAGAAGAAAUUGAAGCCGAGUGAAGAUGUUAUUAAAUCCGAAAAUGAUGAGGCUGAUGAUAUGCCAGAGGUUCAAGACACGGUACAGUUCAUACCAGGCAGUAAAUUGCUUUGGAGAAUAAAUUGUAGACCACCAAACUCAUCACAGAUGUACAAUUUCACCAGUUUUGCCGUGAGUCUCAAUGAGCUAGAAAAGGGCAUGGAAGCAAUAUUAGCUCCCACUGACUGUCGACUACGUCCAGAUAUCAGAAAUAUGGAAAACGGAAACAUGGAUGUGGCUAGUAAAGAAAAAGAGAGACUAGAAGAGAAACAAAGAGCUGCUCGCAAGGAGCGUGCAAAAGAUGAAGUAGAAUGGCACACACGAUGGUUUCAUCAAGGUACUAACCCAUACACUGGGACUUCAGAUUGGCUGUACUCAGGUGGCUAUUUUGAUAGAAAUUUCUCAGACUGUCCAGACAUAUACUGAAAUGAUGGAACCAAUUGCUCAUCUCAUUUGGACAUCUAGUUACUAGAUUUCAUUCCAAGCCAGUUACUCUGGUUUUGUUGUUAGCAAAAACCAGCUUUUCUAAGUAAAUUUUAACAAAAAUUCUGUCGGUCAACAAUCAAGGAUUUAAUUAUCACUAACGUUGGAUUGCCAAAUAUUUAAAUACUGUUGCAUUCUUUCCAUAACGCUGCACCUGAAAUCAUCAUGUUUUCACUAAUUUUCAAAGGGACCUUUGGUUCUUCAUUUUUUCCCCCCUAGUUUCUUUGUCAGGAAGAUAACGCUGUAUCUGGUAGAGCACAUAACAUCCUCGAAAACUAUGUAACUUAAAAAAUAAAA